CACACACACACACACACACACACCCGUCUAAACUAAACUACAGUGAACUCACACCGCUUUUAGUCUCGCGCGCGUGUUUGUGUUUGUGAAAGCGGUAGAGUUACUGUUAAUCCUGCGGUUUAAUAAUAAUAAUAAUAAUAAUAAUAAUAAAUAAACCGUUGGAUUUUUACCUGCACAAAACUGAAGAACUCGGAUUAAAGCAAAGAAGGACGAACGGGGGAAAAUUAAGAAAAACUUUUUCAAGCGGACAUCAAAUCGGAAAAAGCUUCUCCUUGCCUGGCUUUUCGGCAUGUGUGGGGCAGUCACUCCAGACAGGUAACCGGGUGUGUUGCUGUUGCCAUGGCAACACGGCUGCAGCCGAUGUUGCGUCUCCUCCUCGGCGCCCUGCUGCUCUCCUCGACAGUGGCGCAGGACCACGAGUGGCAUUUUGACUCUGCUACGUGUCGUUAUGCAUUGGGGAUGGAGGAUGGAACGAUCCCAGAUUCUGAUAUCUCUGCAUCCAGUGCCUGGUCUGACUCCACUGAGGCCAAACAUGGCAGGCUGAGUACAGGAGCGGGGGAUGGUGCGUGGUGUCCUUUAGGUUCGGUGUUCCCCAAUCCAUCAGAGUAUCUGCAGGUGGACCUGCACAAGCUGCACUUCCUGUCUCUGGUGGGCACACAGGGUCGCCAUGCUGAUGGGCACGGGCGGGAGUUUGCACGCAGCUACCGGCUCCGUUACUCCCGGGACGGCCGUCAGUGGAUCACCUGGAAGGACCGAUGGGGCCAGGAGGUGAUCUCGGGCAACGAGAACACGUACGACGUGGUUCUAAAGGACCUGGGUCCUCCAAUCAUAGCGCGAAUGGUCCGGUUCUACCCUCUGGCCGACCGUAUGAUGAGCGUGUGUCUGAGGGUGGAGAUCUAUGGCUGCUUGUGGAGUGAUGGACUGAAGGCCUACACUGCACCAAUGGGUCACAUUAUGCACCUUUCUGGCUCCCCUGUUUAUCUCAAUGACUCCAUCUAUGAUGGCAGUGUGGAAUCAGGGAUGUUGUUUGGAGGUUUGGGUCAGCUAUGCGAUGGGGUGUUAGGAGGAGACGACUUUGUGGAAAGUAAGGAGCUACGGGUGUGGCCGGGUUACGACUAUGUUGGCUGGAGCCGUGAAGCGCUGGGCAAACCCACCGUCGACAUAGAGUUCCACUUUGAGAAACCACGCCUCUUUCACACCAUGCAGGUGCACAGCAAUAACAGGCACACUCAGGGCGUACGUGUGUUCUCCGAGGUGUUGUGCGAGUUCAAGGCGAGCUUGCUGAGCCCGUGGAGCGAGCCGGCUCUGAGCGUGCACGUGCCCCUGAGCGACCUGCGUGACCCCUCGUCACGCACAGUCACCCUGCCUCUGGGUGGCCAGCCUGCGCACAUCCUCCGCUGCCAUUUCACCUUCUCUGACCGCUGGCUGCUUAUCAGCGAGAUCAGCUUUUACUCUGAGCCAUUUGACAGUGGCUCACCAUUACCAUCUGUAGCGAGCCCUCCUCCCUCCCUCACUCCUCGCUCUCCUCUCCUCACCUCGCCCGCUCUGACCUCUUCCAUCUUUCCCAGCACUACCAACUCCAGCAGGCGCCAAACGGGUGAUCCUGGUGAUGAAUUUGCUGCUAUCACCCCAAGGGCAGGGCUACCUGUUGCAAAGGAUGACAGCAGCAACACUGCUAUCCUGAUUGGCUGCCUAGUGGGUAUAAUACUGCUGCUCUUGGCUGUCAUAGUUGGUAUUCUAUGGAGGCAGUACUGGAAGAAGCUGCUCGGCAAGGCCCAGGGAAGCCUCUCCAGCGACGAGCUGCGAGUUCACCUCUCAGUUCCGUCAGAGAAUGUGGUGAUCAAUAACACAAACACACACACAUAUUCCAGUCGUUACCAGCGCAUACACACUUUCCCUGAUGGCCCGGACAGAGACGGAGAGUACCAGGAGCCCAGCGCUGUGGUACGCCCUCGAGAGCAGCGUGACAGCACAGCCUUGCUGUUAAACAACCCAGCCUAUCACCUUCUCCUGUCUGACCUGAGACAUGGCCCCAACAGGCUGCCAAACUGCUCCAGAGAGUCUGUUAAACCCCAAAACCUGCCCCAGGCAUGCAGUUUAGAUAUGGACGAUAAAGCGCUGCCCGUUCAGGAAGGACCGCCCCCAUACCCCGGAGCCCCGCCUCCUCUCCUGGGAGCUCAUUAUGCUGAAGCCACAGGGGGCGGGCCCAAUGUACCUCAUUAUGCAGAAGCAGACAUCGUCAGCCUGCAGGGUGUAAGCGGGAACAACACGUACGCGGUUCCGGCCCUCUCGGCCACGCCCACGGAGUGCCCGCCCCUUCCUGAGCUGCAGCGGGAACGGCUCCUCUUCAAAGAGAAGCUUGGAGAAGGCCAGUUUGGAGAGGUUCAUUUGUGUGAGAUUGAAAACCCUCAAGACCUCCCCAAUCUCGAGUUCCCUUUCAACGUGAGGAAAGGACGCCCUCUGUUGGUAGCUGUUAAGAUUCUGCGGCCUGAUGCCUCGAAAAACGCCAGGAACGACUUCCUGAAAGAGGUGAAGAUCCUGUCUCGUCUGAAAGAUCCGAAUAUAAUCCGGUUGCUGGGUGUGUGUGUGAGCAGUGACCCUCUGUGCAUGGUUACCGAAUACAUGGAGAGCGGUGACCUUAACCAGUACCUCUCUCAGCGAGUGUUACUGGACAAGACCGGACCGCUGCACAACAUGCCAACCAUCAGCUACCCUGCCCUAAUCUCCAUGGCGAGUCAGAUCGCAUCUGGGAUGAAGUUCCUGGCGUCGCUUAACUUUGUGCACCGUGACUUGGCCACGCGCAACUGUCUGGUCGGAGGAGAGCAGGGGGACGGAGAUGACAGAACGGGAGAGAGGCACAUUAAGAUCGCAGAUUUCGGCAUGAGCCGAAACCUGUAUGCUGGAGAUUACUACAGGAUCCAGGGGAGGGCCGUGCUUCCUAUCCGAUGGAUGGCCUGGGAGUGUAUUCUUAUGGGCAAGUUCACUACAGCCAGUGACGUGUGGGCGUUUGGGGUGACCCUGUGGGAGAUGCUAAGUGUGUGUCAGGAGCAGCCCUAUGGUCACAUGACUGAUGAACAGGUCAUCGACAAUGCAGGAGAGUUCUUUAGAGACCAAGGAAGACAGGUAUAUCUGACUCGGCCGGCGGUGUGUCCCCAAGGCCUGUACGAGCUGAUGCUGAGCUGCUGGAACAGAGACUGUAAACUCCGGCCCUCUUUCACACAGAUUCACUCUUUCCUCACCGAAGACGCCAUGAACAUGGUGUAAAGACAUGGAUGCACGAAGACAAGCGAAUCUCUCCUUCGCGCAGAAGAGAAGCGUUUGUGUAGCCAUGCACAAGCUGGCGGAGGUGAUAGUUGGUGUAGAAGUAGGCGGAGCUAAGCACUCUUAUGUAAAUUUGCAUAAAUUACCUUUGGCAGGUCAGGGCUGAGAGAUGCUGCUGGUUCGGUUCUCGCGCUCGACCUGCUUCAGACCUAGAACCCUAAUCCCCUACACCCUAAACCUGACGCUAGUUAAAUCUGUCGUCCUGAACGAAUCACGAAUCUGCAGCAGUUCAUCUUAAAUCUCUCACUGAUAACCAUUUUUUACACUAAAAAGGUGGAGGGCUUUUCUAUUGCUGAAAAUUAUAUAGACUGUG